GUGCAGGAGCGCAGUGCGAUGAUAGACAAGCAGCUCGGCGCGGACCGCGACAAGCUGCAGAAGAUCCGUCUGCUGCUGGCGAGGAAGAACCGGGACGUCGCUACCCUGCAGCGGCAGAUCGACGAGGUUCCGACGCGCGCAGAGCUCAGCCAGUACCAGCGACGCUUCGUCGAGCUGUACAACCAGGUUGGAUCAAAGCACACGGAGACCAAGCAGUUUUACACACUCUACAACACUCUAGAUGACACGAGGCUGUAUCUUGACAAGGAAGCCAAUCUGCUUAACUCCAUCCACGACAACUUCGAACAUGCCGCAGAGCGACAGCGCUCAUCUAACGAUCUCUUGCGGGCGCAGGCGAAGUGGGCAGAUCUAAAGCAGAAGUACGAAGAUGCAGAACGGGAAGUGCAAAAGGCGAGGGACUAUCACACGCGACUGCAUGCAGAGAUAGCAGCACUGGCUGACGUGGAGAAUAGUGAAAACAAGGAGGUUCUGCAGAAACUUCGUGACCUGGUUGCCACCAACGAAAACCUGAAGAAGCAGGAGCAGGAGUUCAGAGCCAACUGUAAGAAGGAGAUGGCACGCCUCCAGGAAAACAUUGAAGUUGAACAACUAAAGUUAGACUCUGGCAAGGAUGUUGAUGAAGACCAGGUAAGUAGGAAUUUUAAGAAAUGUAGUGUAACAAACGGUUUUUUAUUGUUCACUAUUUAUAUUUGCCAUCACGUUCCAUUCUACAUGUUAGUUUAUACUGAAAUAUAUUGAAAAUAACAUUAUAA